ACUAUGGAUUUCGAUACAGAAAGGUUUAUAAUUGAUAUACAAAAUAGGCCAGCAAUCUGGAAUACAAAAUCCGCAGAAUAUUCGGAUAGAAACUUGCGUUCAAAAGCUUGGGAAGAGUUGGUGGAUAUUUAUGGACCUGAUUUAUCACAGGAUAAAAAAAAGAACUUGGUAAGUCUGAAUAUUCAAAAAAAGUGGAGGAACAUUCGCGACGCUUUUGUAAAGGCCCAUAAAGCAAGGGUGAGCCCGAGCGGCUCUGCAGCGAAAAAAAAGGACACGUAUGUAUUUUAUGAUAAUCUUUUAUUUAUAAAAGAUACAGUAACUGUUAAUCGCACAGACGGUAAUGCUACAGCAAAUGAAUAUGUUGGCACGACUACACGGAAUGAAGACAAUCCUUCAUCAAAUACCAGCACCAAAAAAAAAGAAAGAAAAAUAAUGAUGAUGACGGCAUCGGUGCACAGUUAGUCGGAAUGUUAAGUAAAAAUUUAGAAAAAAGAAUUUGGAUGAUGACGAAGACCGCCUUUUUUUCUUGUCAUUGGUAAAGGAUUUUAAGAAAAUACCUGAUCACAUGCAAAUGCAAGCCAAGUCAGAUAUUUUAAGGGUAAUUAAUGACUCGGUACAGUUUUCUGAUUACUAUGUAAACACAUCGUUGAGUUCUUCAAGGCCCAAUCCCUACCGUGGAUACCAAACGGCGCAUUAUUCAAGAAAUUAUCCCAACAGUCAGCCUAUGCAUUCGUCGGAAUUUGGACGACCAUCUUCUCAAAACUCUGCAACGAGCAGUCAGCCUAUGCAUUCGUCGGAAUUCGGACGACUACCUUCUCAAGACCCUGCAGCGAGUCCGUUGCAAAACUUGGAUGUACAAUCGCCAUUAUCAACCGGCCGACAGUCUCAGAACAGUGAAAACUCGUCUUACUUGGAACUUUUUAAUUCUAUAAAUGAUAAUGACAAUGUUUAACAUGUGAACCCACUUUCUUUUGAUAAAAAAUAAUAAUAAAUUA